CACUCUCCCAAUUCAAGAGCUAGGAACACCAUGGGUGAAAUUCAAGACGAGGCCCAAGACUUGCUGCGCCGAUGCAACCAACUACUCUCCGAGCUCGACCAGUUCGAGCAACUGCUCACCGGGACCAAAAAACCUCCCGUUUAUGGCCACCGCACCCUGAUGCAAGACACCCAGGCCGAGAAGCGCUUCAUCGAACGCCUUCUACUGGACUCGCCAGAGAGCGGCGGCCGCAUCAAGCACCAGCUCAGCUCGACCAAUCUCGCCUCCUACGAGGCCAUCUGGGCCACCGUCAAGCAGUGCCGCGGCCUGGUCGCGCUGCGCCAGACCUUCUGGCGCAACCCCUCGGAGCCCAAGCCCUCGCAUCGCGGCCUCUCGCCUGCGUCCAAAGCAGCCGCUGACCGCAAGAAGACGCGCGACGGCGUGCUGGUGGACGCUGUCGUCGAGGGCGGCGCCGAGUGGGUCAAAGUGUCGGCCAUCUCGGAGCGGCAGCUCAUCUUCCAGAUGGCGCGGCAGGGCUGGCACAACGACUCGGACAGCGACAGCGACGACGAGGACUCGGGGCGGCCUGGCCCUGGUGCUAUUGACUUGGAUGACGACAGCGACGACGACGAGGACGAGGUCGGCAUCGUCAAGACGGCUAGGGCGCUGGCGCGCGCUGCCCGCGCGAAUAGAUACAAGUACCGGCACCCGCGCGUGCGCCUCGUGCUGGUCAAGAUCACCGAGGGCCGGAUCAAAGAAGUCGACGCCCUCCUCGCCCGCAUCCGCAGCAGCACCGGCAUCGAGCUAGAAACGUCCUCUACCACCACCACCUCCUCCUCCUCCUCAUCACCCGCGCCCUCUCCCUCUCCCUCGCCCACGCUCACCACCCUCCUGCACGACGCCACGCACGCCUUCACCCCGACCCUCAACAUCGACUGCACGCUCCUCGUCGCCCUGGCCUCGGACAUCUCGCACUCGCGCGUCGCGCCCCAGCCCUGGUACCCGGGCGCCGUGCGCGCGCAGAUCCGCGACGAAGCCAGCAGCGCCCUGCUGCCGCGCGCGCUGUACCCGGCCCUGGCCGGGCGCCAGCUCGUCUGCACCGCCGCCGCCGCGCGCCGCAUGCGCGAGAUCGUGGCCACGAUUGGCACCGAGACCGAGGUGGCGCGCGCGGGCAUCCUGCUGGACGGCGGCGGCGGCGACGAAUUAGACGCAGGCGAAGCAGUAACGGCGGCAGAGGCAGAGGGCGCGCCGCCUUCCCUGCUCGACCAGCUGCAGGCCCUCUCCAUCCACGCCGUGCCCGCCGACCUGCAGCUCCCCAUCCGCAUCGUGCAGACGCCCUACGACGACGCCGACCCCUCGGCGCAGGACCCGGACCCGGCGCUGCCGCCCGUGGCGCGCGCCGUCGCCGCCAAGCUCACCCCGAUCAACCGCUCCAUCUUCCUGUACGGCUGGGCCGUGGGCGCGACGACGCUGUCGUCGAACGGGACCGUGGCGCGGCAGAUUGAGGGCCUGGUCGAGCGGCACCGCACGCGCGACGACGAGGUCGGGCCCGACGUGUGGGUUUGCCCGGUGGCGAGGAGCUUGGUGGCGAAAAGGGGGAGGCGGGAG